AUGGUGUGCAAGCUCCGAAAAUCUCUAUAUAGCCUUAAACAAUCUCCGAGAGCGUGGUUUGAUAGAUUGACUCGAGUUGUCAAGGAAGACGGGUUCAACCAAUGCCAAUCAGAUCACACUAUGUUUGUCAAACACUCCGUGGAAGGGAAGGUAGCCUUGUUCAUUGUUUAUGUUGACGAUAUCGUUAUCACAGGAAACGAUUAUGAUCAAAUCAAGCAUCUGAAGGGAAUUUUGGCCAAGGAAUUUGAAGUCAAGGACUUGGGUCAGCUCAAAUAUUUUCUAGGGAUGGAAAUUGCUCGAACAAAGAAUGGUAUUUAUGUAUCACAAAGGAAAUAUACGUUGGACUUACUUCAAGAAACUAGCAUGCUUGGAUGCAAGGCAGCCAAUACUCCCAUUGAACCGGAAAAGAGAAGUGAAGAAGAAAGUCCACCAACUGAUAAAGAUAGAUAUCAAAGCCUAGUUGGGAAGCUAAUCUACCUAACUCACACUAGGCCUGACAUUGGUUUUGCUGUGAGCUUAGCUAGUCGCUAUACAUCUAAUCCAACUGAGGCCCACAUGAAAAUGGCGAACAGAAUCCUCCAAUAUCUCAAAGAUACACCGGGUCGAGGGCUCUACUUUAAAAAGAACUCAAACAAAAGCAUUGAAGUCUACACUGACUCAGAUUGGGCGGGAUGCCCCUCUGACAGAAAAUCAACUACAGGCUAUUGCUCCUUUGUGUGGGGAAACCUGGUGACUUGA